AUGGCCGUUGUCGGUCUCACCGGGGGUAUCGCAACGGGCAAAUCAACUGUGUCCACCCUCUUCAAGUCCCGGCAGAUACCCGUCAUCGACGCGGACGUCCUCGCACGGGAAGUAGUGCAACCAGGAGCAAAAGGGCUCACACAAAUCGUCGCAUGCUUUGGCUCUGAAGUGCUGUUCCCAGAUGGCACCCUCGACAGAAAGAAACUCGGUGCCAUUAUCUUCAAUAACGAGGUGAAGCGGAAGAAAUUGAAUUCCAUCAUCCAUCCUGCUGUUUCGCGCGCCAUUCUCUGGAAUGUGUUUUUGUGCUGGUUGAGAGGAGAGAAACUAUGUGUUGUGGACGUCCCUCUUCUGAUAGAAGGAGGGCUGUGGAAAUGGAUGGGGAAAGUGGUCGUGGUGUAUUGUUCAGCAGACAUUCAGCUGCAGAGGCUCAUGACGCGCGACAAUUCGUCUCGCGAAGAUGCUUCAGCACGCCUUAAUUCGCAGCUUCCUAUAGCGCAGAAAGUAGAGUAUGCCGAUAUCGUCCUUGAUAAUUCUGGCACCGUGCAGGAUCUGGAACAGCAAGUUCGUUUGUGUCUUAUGAAGCUAGAACGGAUAGCUGGGUGGUCGUGGAGGCUCAGUUGGCUUUUCCCUCCAUUUGCUAUAGUUUCUAUGCUAUGGACAUUGGGAUGGAGGUCUGUGAAACGAUCACGACGCCAGAGUCGGGGGCCAUUCAAGGGAAUUUAG